ACCUGUGUGAAACGGAAGAGUUAAAGUGACAUCCUUUGGGCUUGGGCUGGAGCAUGUUGCUGAACACCAAGCCUUUCAAGAUGGGCCUCCUCAGCAUCCUUAGAAUCCUUCUUCUUUGGGGACUGGUGCUUUUUAUGGAACACAGGGUCCAAAUGGCAAAGGUAGGGCAUCCCUCUAUUGCCCUCCCAGCUGAGGCCCCUACCCUGCCCCUGAUUCGGGAGCUGCUAGAAGAAGCCCCUGGCAAGCAGCAGAGGAAGCCACAGGUCCUAGGGCAUCCCUUGCGGUACAUGCUGGAGUUGUACCAGCGUUCAGCUGACGCACAUGGACAUCCUAGGGAGAACCGCACCAUUGGGGCCACCAUGGUGAGGCUGGUGAGGCCCUUGACCAAGGUAGCAAGGCCUCUCAGAGGCCCCUGGCAUGUACAGACCCUGGACUUUCCUCUGAGACCAAACCGGGUAGAGUACCAACUAGUCAGAGCCACUGUGGUUUAUCGCCAUCAACUCCACCUAUCUCACUUCCACCUCUCCUGCCAUGUGGAGCCCUGGGUCCAGAAAAGCCCAACCAACCAGUUUCCUUCUUCAGGAAGCGGUCUCUCAAAGCCUUCCCUGCGGUCCAAAGCCUGGACAGAGAUGGAUAUCACACAACACGUUCGGCAAAGGCUUUGGAAUCACAAACAGCGCAGGGUUCUACGACUCCGCUUCAUGUGUCAGCAGCCAAAAGGUAGUGAGGUUCUUGAGCUCCGGUGGCACGGCACUUCAUCCUUGGACGCUGUCUUUUUGUUACUCUAUUUCAAUUACACUCAUAAAAGUGGUCAGAAGGCCAAACUUCUCCCCAGAGACUUGGAGGAAUUUAUGGAAAGGGACUCUUCUCUCCUCUUGCGGAGGGCUCGGCAAGCAGGCAGUAUGGCGUCUGGAGUUCUGGGCCCCUCCCAGGAACAUGAUGGGCCUGGAAGUAACCAGUGUUCCCUCCACCCUUUCCAAGUCAGCUUCCACCAGUUGGGCUGGGAUCAUUGGAUCAUUGCUCCCCAUCUCUAUACCCCAAACUACUGUAAGGGAGCCUGCCCACGGGUACUACGCUAUGGUCUCAAUUCUCCCAAUCACGCCAUUAUCCAGAGCCUUGUCAAUGAGCUGGUAGACCAGAGCGUCCCUCAGCCCUCCUGUGUCCCUUAUAAGUAUGGACCCAUUAGCAUCCUUCUGAUUGAGGCAAAUGGGAGUAUCUUGUACAAGGAGUAUGAGAAUAUGAUUGCUCAGUCCUGCACAUGCAGGUGACAGCAAAGGUACAGCUAGCUCAGGUUUCCC